AUGUAUGUCUCUGUUAGCUUUCUGAAAAGAUACUUGGAAGAAUUGGCAGGGAUAAAAAUGAAUCAAGGAAUGGAUCCGGCUAAAGGCAAAGGAUAUCUGACUUUUGAUCAGACUAGUGCAGCGAUCAAACCUCAGAGCGCAGGUCCGGUGUGCAAGUGGAGGCCUCCCAACGAGGGUUGGGUAAAACUGAACACGGAUGGCUCUUAUGUUGAUUCUGACAAUGCAGGUGCUGGUAUGAUCCUACGAAACUCUACAGGGGGAAUCAUAUUUUCGGCUUGCAGAUCGUUAUUCUCUUGCAGAGAUGCGGUUGAAGCGGAACUAGGGGCAAUCAUGGAGGGUUUAUCUCUGGCGAUACAAUGGUCCGAAUUGCCCGUUGCUAUCGAGACGGAUUCAAGCUUGGCAGUGGCUAUGGUAACAUCUACUGAAGUCGAUCGAUCAAUUUAUGCUGCUUUGGUGAAUGAAAUAAGACUACUCAUGCGUCUUAGGCAAACUUGUGUUACUCAUGUUUUGAGAGUCCAGAAUAAAGCUAGUUAUAGUUUGGCUAGAUUUGCUCGUGUUGAGGGGCGAAUUAUGACUUGGCUGGGAUCUGGUCCAGACGAAGUCUUGGGUAUUUUCCUUGAUGAUUGUAAAGACAUUAUUACAUGA